GCCCAUAGGGCUUGGUACCGAGGACGAUUCCCUCAACUGUGUUACUCGUGGAGUUUAUUGAUUCGUUGUUCGAAAAGUCAUUGAGUCACAUUGCACUGUUUUGGAAAGGAUUCCUGUUCCAACACGUCUUUUAAACACAACUUAUACCUAGUCGGUGUGACCAAGAAAUUUUCCUUCGCACGCAAGUAGACGUUGAAAUUUACUUCCUUGUUAUGGAGGGUUGGCGCUGAUUAGUGCAGUUCUUCAGUCCCAGCGGACAAAAGUUUUCAAAAAUGCCUCGUGGAUUACAGCUCUUACUGCUACUUUUAGCUGUGCCAUUGCAGUAUUUGAUAUGCCAGUGGACUAGUCCAUCUGCAAGCGAAAGGGCUCAGCUGAUCAAACAAUUAUCAAAGCCUCUGACUCUAUUCAGUAGUGGCUACAUUCUGGAUUGGAACACAUGGCAGGAGAUGGUUGUCAACUGGACUCAAUCUAUGAUAAAUAUUUUGCAAGAUGAAGAUGGUGAAUGUCCAGCUGAAGAAGUUAUUAAAUUCCAGGAGAAAAAUGGACACUUUGGAAUGUCAACUGUUCCUCGUACUCCCAGACCAAAGCAUGUGAAAUUUCAUGUGGGCCAAGUAAUUAGACAUAAAUUGUGGAACUACCGUGGAGUCAUCAUUGGCUGGGAUGAGAAACUCAAGGCCUCAGAGGCAUGGACGCAGCAAAAUCAUGGAGAUAAGAAGCACUGGCGUAACAUGCCAAAUUAUGCAAUUCUGGUGGACAUCCGUGAUCGCCCCAGUAGUCAAAUUACCUAUGUUCCAGAGGAAAAUAUUGAACUUAU